CCCUUCCCUCCUCUUCCUUUCCUCCACAGUAUGCUGCUGCUCUAUAUGUGGCACUGGAGCUGCUGAAGGAAUCCAGUCCAAAUGUUUUCCAUAUUAGUUCAGAGCCUUCUCUUAUUCCAAGUAGCAGCCGAGCUGGGCUUAUAGUGAGAGGAGGCCUCAGCAGGAAGGGGAAGGGAAGGGGGGGAGAGGCAGACUGUAGGGCAGCCUAGUCCACCCCAAACAGAACAACAGUAAAAGUCGCGAGGACAGAAAGGGAAACAAGGGAGUGAAAACAGCCAUCUCGAGGGCUAAAGAAGGGCUUCACUGAAGACAGGAAAGAGAUGAGAAAGGGGGAAAAAGGUUUCUCGGGCCAGGAGAAGGAGAAGAAGGGUAUGACGAGGAGUGAUGAAGGGCCAGCGCCAGAGGACGCCCACAAGUGUUGUGGCUGUCACUUCCCUCUGCUCAUCGCCCUGCUCCAGCUGCUGCUGGGGGUGGCCAUCACAGCUGUGGCCUUCCUUAUGCUGGCCAUCAGCCCCUCGCUUCUAGCCAGGGAGACACCACACUGGGCCGGGAUCAUUCUGUGUUUGGUUGCCAUCCUGGGCCUCAUCCUGUACUUUAUCACCUAUCUCCCUGAUGAGAGGACUUCUAUGCAAUUCAUUGCCAAGCUCCUGUACUUUGUCCUGUGUACGAUUGGCCUGGUCAUCUCUGUGCUUGUCAUGGCUUUUGCCGGACACCACUACUCACAGGCCAGUAACUUCAACUGUGAGCUGGAGGGAGAAAACUGCAUGUGCAAACUGGACCCAGAUGACCCCAUCGCUCGCACCUUCACCUACGAAGCGGUCGACGACUGCGAAGUGAUCACCGGGACUCUCACGCUGUACUUCCUGCUCCAGAUCGUGCUGAACCUGGCCCAAGCCAUUGUCUGUGCCGUCGGUGCCUUUAUCAUGUGGAAGCACCGCUACCAGGUCUUCUUCGUUGGUUUGCAGAUUGGCUCUCCCUCCGCCCAGCAGUGGCAGAAGGUCUGAGGUGAUGAAAAGCUGAUGGGCUGAUCAGUGAAUCAGGAUGGAGGGUAGAAUAAUGCCGCCUGCCGUGAUUACACUUUUAUGGACAGGCCUUGGAACGCUUACCAUUUUGGUGUGUGCAUAAAUGUGUUCUCUUUGAUCUCAAGUUAUAUAUUUUUGGGGGUGGUUGUGUUUUACUAUACUGGCUUUUUGCACAAAUUUUGUAUGCCACUCUUAUAACUUUGUACUUACAAUUGCCAGUGUUAUUAGGAUAACUUCAAUAAUUUAAAGAGAAAAAAAAACAACAGAUGGUCUAUUUUUGGAAAACAGCGCCAGUCUUUUGUGUUUAAGAUCUUGGAAUUUUUAUAAUCUUUCCAAAAGUCCUGAUGAUUGCAAAGCUGACAGUUUUUCCUGUUGAUACUGACAUGUAGCCAUUAUAUAUAUAUGCUACAUUUGAUUAAUUCUUACGUUAAUGAAGUACAGUACUAAACCACUUAAAGGGGAACUUUUCUGAAAAACUUCACAUAUCCUAAAAAUCUACAUAGUCUUGAAAUUUUUACUUUGGUUUAAGAUUCAUUGCGAUUAUGUCCUCCAGUGAUACUUGAGGUGGCAAACUUAAUCAGUGUGUUGUGGAAUUAAGUGAAUGAUAACAUCAUGUUUGGAAAGUGGUUUUCUCACAUUGAAAAGCAAAAGUAAUUAUUUAAUAACUACAUGCGGUAUCAACAAUCUUUCUCCGGGGCUCAACAUUUUUAGUUUAAGUCUUCAGUCUGAAAACUAUGGCAGUCAGGCAUAAUGUAAGCAAAAGAUCCUUUUAUGUGAUAUUGCACAAUCAAAACAAAAAGAUCUUGAGGUUUUCAUUGCCGUAAUAAUGUUUACAGCUGUGUUAGACUGGCUACUGUAAUUCAUUUUUUCAUUUUUACAUCAGUGGAAAAGAACUA